AUGGUCGCUGCGCACGCUGCCCAUUCUUCCUCCUCGGCCGAGUGGAUCGCCUGCCUGGAUAAAAGACCAUUGGAACGAUCCAGUGAAGAUGUGGAUAUAAUCUUCACACGGCUGAAAGAAGUUAAAGCUUUUGAGAAAUUUCACCCAAAUCUCCUUCAUCAGAUUUGUUUGUGUGGUUAUUAUGAGAAUCUGGAAAAAGGAAUAACAUUAUUUCGCCAAGGUGAUAUUGGAACCAACUGGUAUGCUGUCCUGGCAGGAUCUUUGGAUGUUAAAGUUUCUGAGACCAGCAGUCACCAGGACGCGGUGACCAUCUGCACUCUGGGAAUUGGGACAGCCUUUGGAGAGUCCAUUCUGGACAACACUCCGCGCCAUGCGACCAUCGUUACCAGGGAGAGCAGCGAGCUGCUCCGCAUCGAGCAGAAGGACUUCAAGGCACUAUGGGAGAAAUAUCGACAGUACAUGGCAGGACUUCUGGCUCCUCCUUAUGGUGUUAUGGAAACGGGCUCUAACAAUGACAGGAUUCCUGACAAGGAGAACACACCUCUCAUUGAACCUCACGUUCCUCUUCGUCCUGCUAACACCAUUACCAAGGUUCCUUCAGAGAAGAUCCUCAGGGCUGGAAAAAUUUUACGAAAUGCCAUUCUCUCUCGAGCACCUCACAUGAUAAGAGAUAGAAAAUACCACCUAAAGACAUACAGACAGUGCUGUGUGGGGACCGAGCUGGUGGACUGGAUGCUGCAGCAGACUCCAUGUGUUCACUCCCGAACGCAGGCUGUGGGCAUGUGGCAAGUCCUGGUAGAAGACAGCGUUCUCAACCACGUGGAUCAGGAGCAUCACUUCCAAGACAAAUAUUUAUUUUAUCGAUUUCUGGAUGAUGAGCACGAGGACGCCCCUUUGCCUACGGAGGACGAGAAGAAGGAGUGUGAUGAAGAGCUGCAGGACACCUUGCUGCUGCUGUCGCAGAUGGGCCCGGACGCCCACAUGAGGAUGGUCCUUCGCAAACCACCUGGACAGAGGACCGUGGAUGACCUAGAAAUCAUCUAUGAAGAACUCCUUCACAUUAAAGCCUUAUCCCAUCUUUCUACCACAGUGAAACGGGAGUUAGCAGGUGUGCUCAUUUUUGAGUCCCAUGCCAAAGGAGGGACUGUGUUAUUUAACCAAGGGGAAGAAGGCACCUCAUGGUACAUUAUUCUAAAAGGAUCAGUGAAUGUAGUCAUUUAUGGCAAGGGGGUGGUCUGUACCCUGCAUGAGGGCGAUGACUUUGGUAAGUUAGCCCUAGUGAAUGAUGCCCCGAGAGCUGCCUCCAUCGUCUUGAGAGAAGAUAACUGCCAUUUCUUAAGAGUGGACAAGGAGGAUUUCAACCGGAUCCUGAGGGACGUUGAGGCGAACACAGUCAGACUUAAAGAACAUGACCAAGAUGUCUUGGUGCUGGAGAAGGUCCCAGCAGGGAACAGGGCUUCUAAUCAAGGAAACUCACAGCCUCAGCAAAAGUAUACUGUGAUGUCAGGAACACCUGAAAAAAUUUUAGAGCAUUUUCUAGAAACGAUACGCCUUGAGCCAGCUUUAAAUGAAGCAACAGAUUCUGUAUUAAAUGACUUUGUUAUGAUGCACUGUGUUUUUAUGCCAAAUACCCAGCUUUGCCCAGCUCUGGUGGCCCAAUAUCCUUUUGUUCCUUCACAAGGUACAGAACAAGAGAAAAUGGAUUAUGCCCUCAACAAUAAGAGGCGAGUCAUCCGCCUGGUUUUGCAGUGGGCUGCCAUGUAUGGAGACGUCCUACAAGAGGAUGACGUGGCGAUGGCUUUCCUGGAGGAGUUUUAUGUAUCUGUAUCAGAUGAUGCCCGGAUGCUUGCCGCCCUCAAGGAGCAACUGCCUGAGCUGGAGAAGAUUGUCAAGCAAAUUUCAGAAGAUGCAAAGGCUCCACAAAAGAAGCACAAAGUUCUUUUGCAACAGUUCAACACGGGCGAUGAGAGAGCCCAGAAGCGCCAGCCUAUCCGUGGCUCUGAUGAAGUUCUGUUUAAAGUCUAUUGCAUGGACCACACCUACACAACCAUCCGGGUACCAGUGGCCGCCUCGGUGAAGGAAGUCCUCAGUGCAGUUGCCGACAAACUGGGCUCCGGGGAAGGCCUGAUCAUCGUCAAGAUGAGUUCCGGGGGAGAAAAGGUGGUGCUCAAACCUAAUGAUGUUUCCGUAUUUACAACGCUCACCAUUAAUGGACGUCUGUUUGCUUGCCCGCGAGAGCAAUUCGAUUCACUGACUCCCUUGCCAGAGCAGGAGGGCCCAACUGUUGGAACAAUGGGAACUUUUGAACUGAUGAGCUCCAAAGAUUUGGCCUACCAGAUGACAAUUUAUGAUUGGGAGCUCUUCAACUGUGUGCAUGAGCUGGAGCUAAUCUAUCACACAUUUGGAAGGCAUCAUUUUAAAAAGACCACAGCAAACUUGGAUUUGUUCCUGAGGAGGUUUAAUGAAAUUCAGUUUUGGGUUGUCACUGAGAUUUGCCUUUGUUCCCAGCCUAGCAAGCGUGUUCAGCUCUUAAAAAAAUUUAUUAAGAUCGCAGCCCACUGUAAGGAAUACAAAAAUCUGAAUUCCUUUUUUGCCAUCGUCAUGGGACUAAGUAACGUAGCUGUGAGCCGCCUGGCACUAACAUGGGAGAAACUGCCAAGCAAGUUCAAGAAGUUCUAUGCAGAGUUUGAAAGUUUAAUGGAUCCUUCAAGAAACCACAGGGCUUACAGGCUGACAGUAGCCAAAUUGGACCCUCCUCUCAUCCCCUUCAUGCCUUUGCUCAUUAAAGAUAUGACAUUUACUCAUGAGGGGAACAAGACGUUCAUUGACAAUCUAGUAAACUUUGAAAAAAUGCGAAUGAUUGCAAAUACUGCCAGAACAGUGAGAUACUGCAGGAGCCAACCCUUUAAUCCUGAUGCAGCUCAAGCUAAUAAGAACCAUCAGGAUGUCCGGAGUUAUGUACGGCAAUUAAAUGUGAUAGACAACCAGAGAACUUUAUCACAGAUGUCACACAGACUAGAGCCUCGUCGGCCAUAG